CCGAAGCGCACGGCCGCUCCGCCUCCAAGGCGUUGUGGAUGGAAGGGAUCGCUGUCGGGGAGACUGCACCAAAGCGAUAAACAGGCAUCUAUAUAUGCCUUUACAGACACAGUUUACAAAGGAAAAUGCGAGGCAGCGAGAGUGACAUGCAACAGGACUUCAGGGAUACAACAAAUAAACGCGUCGCCCAGCUUUGCGCGCAAGAGAGAAGCAAAGUCCAAGAAGUGUAAUUUGUGGGCGACCACUGUUUACACUGGAGGCUUCCAACGCCACGUUUUAGCAAGCAAGGUUGGGAAACUACAGUGCAGGUUUGUUUAGCGCUGUGCCCACUGCUUAUCCACAUAGUGAAUGAGCAAACUGCAACUGCACGGCCGUAUAAGUAAAUUUAGUUGACAUCCUUGCAGGAAAAAUACCGGAUUGUUUUGAGGGGCGUUUGUGGAUAAGAAGGGCUGUUGCACGGGUCGACACGAGGAGCACAUGUUGGUGUCUGUGUGUGUGUGUGAGUGUGAACUUCUACAGGGAACAUGGACGUGCACACUGUUACCAACUAGCCACAACUUGGAAGGAGAGACGGGCCAGUCUCGGGUGCUCAGAUUUGCGCUUGCCCUUGGCACGACAAAAUGACAAAUCUGCGUCCGCAAUUUUUAAAGUAGCAUUCAAAUCAGUGAAAAGUCAGCCUCAUAUCGUUGUCAUCGGGCUUCAGGACAUCGAGCCUCUGGCAGAAGUCUGCUCGGUCGACAUGGAGUGUCAAGACGAGAAGGUCAGUGACGCCCCGAAGUCAGACAAAAGAUUCAGCCUGACUUACGUCGGCUGGUCGUCUCUGGACAGGCGGACCACCCUGCCCAUGCUGCCGUGGCUGGUUGCUGAGAUCCGGAGGAAGAGCGAGAAGAGUGACUGCGGUACCCAGGUGCAGGCUAGAGAAGUUCAGCUGGUCCUGAUCCCCCCCUUCAUCCGAUGCGUCCCGUCCAACAACAGCAGCUCCUCAGUCUUCAUAUUCGAGCAUAAAGCGCAGCUCAUCUCCCGGUUCAUCCACAACAGCAAUGACCUCACCUACUUUGCCUAUCUGCUGCGGGGCCAGCCUGACAACCCCGAGUCCGAGAUGUCCUGCCAUGUCUUCAAGGCCUGCGACCCCAACCAGGUUCCUGAGGUGAUCAGCAGCAUUCGCCAAGUAUCCAAAUCAGCCCUGAAGGAAGAUGCCAAGGCCAAGCAGGAGGCAGAUGAGGCCUUCUACAAUUCCCAGAAGUUUGAAGUGCUUUACUGUGGCAAGGUGACAGUUGCGCACAAGAAAGCUCCAUCCACCCUCAUUGACGACUGCAUUGGUAAGUUUCGCCAGCAUGAAGUGGAGCGCAAACGCCUGCGACUGCUCAGCGGCCAGCGAGGCUCCACGGAGAGCGCCCCCCUGGAGUUCACCAUGGGCGGAGAAGGAGACCCCCUCUCCUCCACCCUGAAUGAGAGUCUGGAGGAUCCCGACAGCCCCGAAGUGGAAGACAUGGCCAAUGGUGGAGGUAAGGGCCUGUCCAGCAGUUCCAGUCACGGCAGCCUGAGGGGAGCGUUCCCUGAGUGCAUCCUGGAGGACUCCGGUUUCGAGGAACAGCAGGAGUUUCGCACGCGCUGCAGCAGCCUGGCAGGGAGUCUGCAGAGGAAGCCGAGGGAGGGGGUCAUGAUGGCCCCCAUUCGCCGCAGACAUUCGAGCGCACCCAACCAUGUUCAGCCCUCCGAUGCAGACAAAAACCGCACCAUGCUCUUCCAGGUGGGGCGUUUUGAGGUAAACCUCAUAAGUCCAGACAGUAAAACAGUGGUGCUAGAGAAGAACUUUAAAGACAUCUCAUCCUGCUCUCAGGGUAUAAAGCAGACAGACCAUUUUGGAUUCAUCUGUCGGGACCCUGCGGAGUCUGGUCCCAGUCAGUACAUCUGCUAUGUCUUCCAGUGUGCCAGUGAGUCCCUGGUGGAUGAGGUGAUGCUGACCCUGAAGCAGGCCUUCAGCACAGCAGCCGCCUUACAAAGCAACAAGACUCAAAUCCAGCUAUGUGAAGCUUGCCCCAUGCAUGACCUGCACAAGCUCUGCGAGCGGAUUGAGGGUCUGUACCCGCCUAGAGCGAAGAUCGCCAUCCAAAAAUAUCUCUCCCAGCUGACUGACAAUGAGCAGGCAGAGAUUUUUGAGCGGGUUCAGAAAAUGAAGCCUGGCUCAGACCAAGAGGAGAAUGAGCUGGUGAUUCUCCAUCUGAGACAGUUGUGUGGAACCAAGCAGAAGUCCCACCUCCACAUCGGAGAGACCCCCCAGAAUGCGGCAAAUGCCUCAGCGGCGGGAGACGGCACAGCCACUGGCGGUCGCUUCAAACUAGAUAUCCUGAAGAAUAAAGCCCGCACCUCCCUCACCAACUCUCUGGAGAACAUCUUUUCAAGGGGUGCCAGCCGGAUGCGAGGCCGUUUGGGAAGCAUGGGAAGCAUUGGCAGUUUUGAGAGACAGGACGAGGAGUCUCCUGGUCACUCCCCUCCAGGUUCCCCUCUCAGUUUCCCUGACGAUGAUCCGGAGGGCGGCCUGCAGUUCCGUCGGCGUGCUCACACCUUCAGCCAUCCUCCUGUGAAGAAACGCAUCUCCUUCGAGGGCCAGCCGGCUAUCCAGAACAAACAGGCCCCGCUCCGCAGACAGCAGUCUGUUAACCCAGAGCUCCUGCAGAGCAGUCCUGCGUCCGUCUCGAGAACGCGCAGCGUCUCAGAGAGCGAGUCCUCCUUCGGCCUCCCUUCCUCCUUCUCCGCUCCCAUUUUCCUGAAAAGCUUUUACCAGGGCUCACUGGGGUCCCUGGGCUCCCUGGGUGACAGUGGGAGCCUCAAGAGUAAUGGGGAAGGCAGGAAGAGGACACUGUCCACCUGCAGCAGUGACUCUGUGAGCGGAGGGGGUCUUCCACCGACCCCACGCAGGGUCUCCUGGCGGCAGAAGAUCUUCCUGAGGGUCGCCUCGCCCAUGAACAAGCCUUCUGCCUCCAUGCAGCACCCAGACUGCGAUGCCAGGGAGCUGUUGCCCCUCUCUCCCCGUUCCUGCGACUCAAGUCAGGACCCCUUUGGGCGCUUGCUGCCCUCCUCAAGUGAGUCCCUGAGCGGGGAGAGGCCUAAGAGGACGGGCGCCGACUACCGUGCCCUCUGGAAGACGGCCAUCCACCAGCAGAUCCUCCUGCUGCGCAUGGAGAAGGAGAACCAGAGGCUGGAGGAAGCGAGCAGAGAUGAGCUGCACAUCCGCAAGAUGAAGCUGGACUACCAGGAAGUGGGCCAGUGCUCCAAAGAGGUGCAGGGGUUAUGGGAGAGGAAGCUCACCGCCCCGGGAAGAACAACAGUCCCACAAGACAAGGAGGAGAUGCACAAUGCACUCUGCCAAGGUGUUCCUAAGAACAGGCGAGGCGAGGUGUGGCUGCUGCUUUGCCAUCAACAUCGGUUGCGACACCGACUGCCUCCGCGCCAACAGGCCCCGGACACGCCGUAUCACGACCUGCUGAAGCAGCUCACGGCUCAGCAACACGCCAUCCUGGUGGAUCUAGGCCGGACGUUCCCCACUCACCAGUACUUCUCCGCCCAGCUGGGAGCAGGGCAGCUCUCCCUCUACAACCUGCUGAAAGCCUACUCUCUGCUGGACACAGAGGUGGGCUACUGCCAGGGGAUCAGCUUCGUGGCUGGAGUGCUGCUGCUGCACAUGAGUGAGGACCAGGCCUUCGACAUGCUCAAGUUCCUCAUGUACGACCUCGGCUUCAGGCGCCAGUACCGACCAGACAUGGUUUCACUACAGAUUCAGAUGUACCAGCUGUCACGGCUGUUGCACGACUACCACCGUGAGUUGUACAAUCACUUGGAGGAACACGAGAUCUGCCCGAGCCUCUACGCAGCACCAUGGUUCCUCACACUCUUCGCUUCCCAGUUCCCCCUCGGCUUCGUUUCCCGCAUCUUUGAUUUUUUAUUUGUCCAGGGAACUGAGGUGAUCUUUAAGGUGGCCCUGUGUCUCCUGAGCAGCCAUGAAGGGGAAAUAGUGGAGUGUGACAGCUUUGAGAGCAUCGUGGACUAUUUAAAAACUACAAUUCCCAAUCUUACCCAGACACAGAUGGAGCAGACAAUCACUAAGGUAUUGGAAAUGGACAUCUCCAAGCAGUUACAUGCAUACGAGGUGGAGUACCACGUCCUGCAGGAUGAGAUGCUGGAUUCGGGACCGCUGGCUGAUGAUUCUGACCGGCUGGACAAACUAGAAAAGACCAAUAUCCAGCUGAAGAAACAGAACAUGGACCUGCUGGAAAAACUUCAGGCUGCACGACAGAAGAUCCAGACGUUGGAGACGAACGUGGAGAACUUCCUGUCUCGGGAGAGCAAGAUGAAGCACAUGAUUCGCUCUCUGGAGCAGGAGAGGGUGGCCUACCAGAAGACCAUUGAACGCAUGCGCUCAUGCCUUCCCCCCGACGCCCUGGCAGAUGUGGAGAUGACCCAGAUCAAAACCGGACCCAACGGGAAAGCCAAACCAGCGGCCAAGAAGCCCUGAUGGCUACCAUGGGGUUGGAUGCUCUGGGCAGACACGCAGGCAGAGACUGCAGUGAACAAAUCGAGACUGGUUGAACACCGAGAAAUUCUUCUUGGUGGAAGGCUGGCGAGCUCAAAUGCUGUUUUUUUUUUUUUUUUUUUUGUAUCGCUGCACAAAGCAUGGCAGCGCUUUGUUAAUGAUGUCUGGACCUUCAGACGGGCAAAUAUCUGAGUGAUUAUAUACUCUGACUGCGGUGGUAGGAUGGUUCCUACUGUAUUAGCUCCAGACUGAUUCAUCAGUGCAUCAAAGCUACCAUUCGCUCUCAUCUGUAUCUGUGCCAGUUGAGAUCAAGAUGCACAACAUCCUUUUUUGUUUCUUUUUAGUAAUCACAGGGGCGUUUUUUCCGGUUUGCUACAAGUGAGAACUCUGCCUCUGCAACCUUUCUUAAGCACUGCCUUGAUGUAUAACCAAUCUCACCCUCUCAGUAGCUGCAACGGUGGACAGACGGUGCCUGUUAGAGCAACACGCUUUCAGCCUCAAACUCAACCUAUAGCCAGAAAUCACAUUGCUUUCUAAUUUCCUUUGUUUUGUUUUUUUUGUUUUUUUUUUAUCGCUAUACUUGAAAAUUUCGUGAAUGUACGUCUCCCUCCAAAGAGCAUUGUGUUAUUCUGAACUGUGACACCCACGUGCAGGUCGGGCUCCGCUGUUCGGCUCGCUCUCAGCAGCACACCACAAAAGGGAUGUCUUUUUGCUGCACUCGCGUGAGAGAACCAAAUGCUGAGCGCUCGCACUGCUGCUUUUUGGGGAGGAAGUGCUUCGUCCGAAGCCUAGACAGGAUGCGAGGUCGUCUGCCUUCUCAGCUUCCUGUGUGACUGACCGAGGUGUCACCCCGCCGUCAGCGCCGCACUCAGAUGCUGAGGCGCAGCUCGAGCUCCCCGAGAGGAACUUGUGGAGGAGCGAGAGAAGGCGGAGGACAGAUCUGAUUGAAUGCUGUGAUUCAAAUGCUUCUGUCUUAAAGGUCUAUGUGGCAUUUUUGUUUUUGUUACUGGCACUGUCGCUCUCUUCAGUCUCCUCCUGUAGCUCUUACAUGUGGGCCCACGAGCAGCCUGUGUUUCCCCGCGAGUUGAUGGCGAUGUCGCUUGCUUGAGAUUGCGAGGCAGCAUGUAUGCCUGUGGUUACAUCGCUGUUGGUCACAUGGUCUGCUUUCUGUUAGCAGGGAAAGCGUAUGAGUGCUUGAGGAAGGCCACACAGGAAACAAGGAGAGCAUAAAGAUGGCUCAUGGUUUCUUUUUGAGUGGAGAGGAGUCUGUAGGCCUACUCAGUAACACACAUGCACACACACACACACACACACAGAGACACACACAGACACAUACAGACAUUGAACUAGCUGACCCAGUGGACAGACAGUUCAAAUGUGUUCAAUGAGUGUCCCUGGCUCUCUCUCCAGUUGUUUUGAUUUAUCCCACCUCCGUGUCUGACUCACCAUCUCCAAUGGUUGUGAUUGAAAGAAAAACACUCCUGGGCCUAACUCCACUUCUAUACAACAUUUUUAUAUGGCAAAAAGGUAAUGUCUGAUUGGAAAAAAACACAGAAUAUUCAGUCGUUGUUAGCAGUCUCUAUCAGGCUUUCUGCCCUUGCCAUCAGUUGUUGUGACACGCUUAUGUCUCUUUCACUGUAAAGUUAGUUUGUAUUCAAGGUUUAGUCCUAGUGGAUGUUUUUUCUUUUUUUGGCAUACAAUGCAAUAUGUUCUCUUUUGCAAUGCUGUAUAGUUGCAUAGACCGAGAGCACUUGUCUACUUUGUACCUUUGCAGAACACAACAGCUUAUCCAAAUGAGCUAGAAGUUGAUAAAUCCAACCUGACGUUGUCUGUCAUGGUGGCGUGUUCCUGUGAUAUUGAGGCGUCAUUAUAAAAGUGUGCACCAACCUUUUCAGACAUAACAGACAAAUGGUCACCAGUGAACAGUAUGGAUUGUCUCUGCAGUUUGUACAACAUAUCAGGGAACUCCAUUUUAAAGCAUGUUGAAAAGACGCGUAGGAUACACUGCUUCCUGGGCUCUUUUUUGCCUGUAUUUAGCACCUUUUACGGUAUUUGUGCAUCAUUGACUAUCAAACUGUUCAACCAAAGAUGUGAUUAUUUCUUGAAAAAAAUCAGUUAAUCAAAAAUGCUGUAUUGUAUUUCUAUAUAUUAUGUGGUAAACUUGUUAUCACUACAUGUACUGUUGAGCAAACUGAGAGGAGCUUCUUCAUACAAAGACAAUAGUUCCAAAAGGAUACCAAAUACUGUCCGUAAAUAUUCACAUUAAAAAAAAAAAAACACUGCCCAUCAGCAGGCUUGUUUACCUGUCCUAACCCAACGUUUAUUUCUUCUCUCUCUCUUAUUGAUUAGUGCCAAAAGCUGAAGACGGCCUCUAUCAUCUGAGUGAUAUGAGAACAUUUUGGCAAUGAUAAAUCUGUCCAUACCUAAUGUAAAGCACAUCCUUAUGGUCAUCAAAGGGUUUUCUUUUAUCUUUAUAAUACCUCUGGUGCUUUCAAUCCCAACCCUUAAGUCGUGUUUGUAUCACUGCGUUUAAUCAUUGAGGGAAGACACACUCAAUAAAAAAAAGAUUGCUUGUUUUUCUGUCAACGUGAGGGCAACACAAAGCAAAGAAACUGUCAUGAGUUCUUCAAUAAACCUCACCAUGCCUUGUUUUCUAUCUA